AACGGAGAACAGGAGCACUGAGAGCCGCAGCAACCGCUUCACCGUCGGCGAACACCCGACAGAGCCUCCGCCACCGCCGCGGCACCGCUCCGUGGGCGCAGCCAUCUCUGUCCGCCUGCCUCCGCUUCUGCUGCCAGCUCCAGAGCCCAGGCUGCUCUGGCGCAUGCUAAAAACGUCAUUAGGGCGCGCAGAGAAGGAAUGAUGACGAUGCAUCAAGAUCACGAGUAACGUACUUGAUUUGUGUUUGUUCGUUAAAUUGUUUUUGCUUUUUUAUUGAGCACCACGAGAGCGCACUGCAUUCAUUUCAGAAAAUUUCUGCUCUUUUUUUUGGAAAUGAGAUAAUAAUCCAGUGAGUUUAGAAAAUCAGGUCAGAGUUUUCUUUUGAUUUCUUUAUUUAAAAAAAUGUUUCUUAAUUCUCAGAUAAUGAUGUUGUUCAUUACAAAAAAAUGCAAUAUUUGGUCCUCCAGGAAAUCACAAUUGGCUCUCAUACGCGGUAUUUUCAGAUAGAUCAAUUUAUUAAGAUGAAAGUGCUUUACAUAUGUAUGAGUCUUGAUUUGAAAACAAACAAACAAACAAACAAACAAACAAACAAAACACACACACACACACACACACACACACACACACACACACACACACACACACACACACACACACAAAACAAACAGACAAAAAAACAAAAACAAACAAACAAACAGAAAAACAAUAAACAAAAAAUGUAGGUUGUAUUAUGUGGUUAUGAAUACUACUACUACUUCUACUACUACUACUACUACUACUACUACUACUAAUAAUAAUAAUAACUUUAUUUAUAUAGCACUUUUAAAAGCGCUCUAACAUGCAGGAAAAUAAAGAAAAUAAAAACAAAAUAACAACAAGAGAACACUUGGGGGAAAUGACACAUGAUUGGCAACAAAGAAAUAAAAUAAUAAAAAUUGGCGGGAGACAUAAAAAUUUUGAUAAAUGUCUCAUGAGCUGGGAUGUUAUUAAAAUGAAGACAUUAAAACAAAUACAUAAUAAGAGCCCAUGAUACCCAGCUAACACAGGAACCCAAUCACAAAAACCUGAGACCAAGGGGACUAUUAUAAAACAUGACUAAGAAGAGUAAAAGGUUUUAAAGAAGACAAAAUCACAUAAGAGCAAGUCUGUAAAAUUGAGUUUUAAGCCAUGAUUUAAAAGCAGUGAAUCAAAGCUUGUGUAAAAUACUUGUGAAAAUGAAGAAUUAAUUGGGUUGAUUUGCAACAGAUUAAUAACAUGAUUGGGUGUUGAAAAGCUCACGUGAGGUGUUUUUGACAUUUAUAAAACUUACUGAAAUCCAGCAGCUGAAGAAAACAGCCCCAGCUUUCGCAGUUCCUGCAUAAUAUUCACAAUAAAUGAUACAUUGUUGGUAAAUAAUGUAAACAUCACUGCUUUCACCGCUUUGUGAGAGACUGCCUGGGAAAAAAGCGGAACAAUUUCAGCAUAAUGUAAUAAUAAUGCUGAGACACACUAAAUUUAACCUUAUGGGCUUGGCUGAGUUAGAGUUCAGGGCAGUUUUUGGUCCUUGUUCAUCCCUGCCUGAAAUCCUUUACAAAGGUAAGGUUCCCAUGCAGUCCUCUAAAUGACCACUAGAUGACAGGUAAACUGCAUUCAGUAACCCUCAUUAACUACUUACAUAACUUUAUGUAACAAUGUUUGAAUACAUCUGUGUAACUGGAUUUUAUCAGCAGAUUAUUUCCCCAACACAGGCUGGAGUACAUCAUCCUUUUAGGAUAAAAAUUGCACAUUUUAAAGGGUAAUCCUCUUCAAACAAAACAAAAAGUACUUCAAGUUCUGAAAUGAGAGCAGAAUACAAAAAGUGAUCUCAUUUAAUGUACUUUAUUCAUUUCAAUAUUUGAGUUUUGUUAACUUUUGGAACAUAUUUUCAUUAAAACUGUGAAUAUAACAGUUUAAAACAAUUUGCAUGAUUUUAUUAACAGAACAGAACAUAAUGAAGUGAAUUACAAGUCAGCAAACAUUAGAAUAAAAUUUACAGCAGCACAAAUGAUAGAAAAAUGUUAUCCUUGCAAGAAUAGAGCACAACUAGUGCAUCAAAACAACUAGAAGUGCAUAGUUUUAGUAUCAUGGUGACCUUGUCUUCCAGCUUAUCUUCUAAGUAAACCCACAUUUCCUGGAAUUUUACAAUCUCUGUGCACAACUUAAGCUGUAUUUUCCCCUCAUCUGUUCAUCAGUUUGAACAUUAAAUAUCUUGUGUUUGUAGUGUAUUUAACUGAAUAUAGUUGGAAAGGAAUUUGCAAAUCGUAUAUCGUAAAUAUCCUUUUUUUUUUUUACUUUCUACAAAAUGUCCCAACUUCAUUGUAGAUUUGAGUUAAUGUUGAUUAAAAUGAUCUUGUGGUUCCAUCGUCUAACAUUUGACGCACUUUCAGUUCAUUUAUAAGUACAGUACAUCACACUAACAUAUUACACACUCCUCUUGCUGUUGGUUGUCAAACUUCGGAAAGACUUUCCACUGCUGGUGAAUUUUCUUCAUGAGCUUUUUGACUUGGUUUUUGUCUUUGCUGGGGUUGCUAAAUAGAUGAUGUCGAUUGCCGCACAUGCCAACAAUGUUCUGGAGAGGAGCACAUGCUUGAAUAUACUGCUUUAGACUUCCUUUCAGGUUUUCUCCAUGGGUCAGUAGGAUGGUUGUGUAUUCUCUGAUCUUCCAGCCAAGUUUGCUCUCCAGCUUCUCUAACAUUUCCUCCUCUUCCUUGGUGAACCGGCCGAGCUGUAACACAAGUAACACCACACAGCGCCCAGGCUGACAGUACCUCCUACACACUUCUAUGUGGGCUUGGCAGUUUUGUAAUCGGUCAUGGAAGAAGUCUGGAGUGUCGAUCACCCUCACCUGCACCCCAAAUAACCCGAUAAUUUUGGCCUCGCAUCGGGUGGUGACUGGCAGGGAGGCUAUCUCAGAUUUAAAAAGCAGACAUGAACUCAGCGGGGUGGUCCCUGCGGCGAGGAUGGUGUUCGCAGAUGCACUCUUUCCAGUUCCGGUACGACCCAGCAGAAUGAUGUUUAAUAAGUUGUCGGGAACUUCAUGGCCACCGUUACCUAGAUGACAUCGUUUUUCAAGUGUUCAUGUUUUCAGUAAACUAGGGUACAGAUUACUGUUAAUGAUAGUCUUUGACAUUUAAUUUAUAGAUGGCAUACCAUUGUGUUGUUCAGGUGUUGCUCUCCCAGGGGCCAGAAGGGUUUCGUAUACCUCACUCAUGGGCUGCGUGUUGUCUGAAUAGAUACAAUAACAUCAUUACAGUCAUGAAUUCUCUUUAAAUCAUUUAAAAGUAUUUUUUGUAGUAUGCCAUGUGUCAUUUCAAAACAUUGUGAGGAAAUGUGAGGGUUUUGGUUAUUAUGGGAAUCAGACCACUUUCUUCCUACUUUUUGAAUUUAGUGUCCUCAAAAUAGCCUUCCGGUUUUAUCUGCCUGAUCCUCAUACAAGAUCACCUGAUAUGAUGUUUUUACUCUCUUGCUGCACUGUUCUCUUAUUUAAGUUAUAUUUUUGGUAACUUGGUCUUCAAUAGGUAGAACAGCUGUAAGGAGACAGGAAAUGUGGGGAGUAGAGAGUGUUGAAAGACAUGCAGUAAAGGGUUUAGGCUGGGAUACCUUAACUGCUAUAAUAAGGACUAUAGCCUCUAUACAUGCUCAGACUGCUUGGCCAUUGGUGCCCCCACAUUAUGUAACAGACAUAAUGAGCUCUUCAGUGAGAUGCAAUAACUUUGUUUUUCCUUUUAGCAUAACAUUCAGUUUGUAGCACUUACUUAUGUUUGAUUCUGUCUAGACCUUUGCUUGUAACUCUCAAAUGUUCAUUGCUUUGGACAAAAGCACCUGCCAAAUGACACCGCAGCACUGCAACAAUGCAAAGUAUUCAAAACUAGACUUACCUGCUUUUACUUGGUGCAGAUGAUCCUCGCUUCUAAAAGAGUUACAACAUAAUGAUUGUUAACCAUGAAAUGCUAUAGAGGUGGGUUCAUCAUGCUUUAGGACAAUCUCAAACCCUUAAUGAAAAGCUAACUAUCCCAACAGUAAGAUAAGUCAUAUGAAUUUCCUGGGUUGUGUAAUACGGUUGUGUUUACCUCCUUUUCUCCAGUGCUGCUUUUCUUCUAAUCACGACCUCCUGACUGUAGUUCUUGUAGUCAUAAAUAAAUGAAUGAUGCCCCUCACACCAUCUCACACAGUCUCUGGCCAGAUAUCUUGUGAAAAUUAGCAACUGGAUGUCAACAUUUUUCAGAUGACUGAGUGAAUUGUAGGUUUGGCUGUCUGGAAGCAUGACAAUAAGGUGUGUCCUGAUAUUUUCUCCAAAGGCGACUUGAAGUUUACUGAUCUGUGCGAUGACUUUCUCCUCUCGGGUGUCUUCUGGGUCAACUGUCAGUAUGAAAAGAUGUGGGCCGGGAUAGGACAACGCCAUGACAUCAAUGAUCUGCUGGUCUUGGUGCAGAGACUCUUCAUCGAAGAAGUGCUGGAUGCUAAUGACUUUGAAUGAGUCGCUUUCUCGCAUUAUGAUAUCAUUUGUGAUGGUGACAUACUUUAUAUCACAAGGGAGGAUUAAAUCCUCUGUCUCUUUCUGCAGCCCCUCUCCAAACAGAGCAAUGGCUAACUUCUCCCCAUGUGCUGGAAAAGAAAGUAUGAAGUUAUCAGUAACAAUCUGGAAUGAUACAAUGGCUGAUGUGUUUUUAGAUUCGAUGUUGUGCAAACUCAAGCUGACAGCUAUUUACAUGGCAUCCUAAAAACAUACAUGAUGAGGCCAGAUCUUACUAAAACCAUCUUAAAAUUCUAGUUAUUGCUUUAGAUUUGAAGUUGAAAAUGGUGCCACUAAAGGGGGAAGUAGUGUGAUUUAAGCCUUUGGGAACAAAAGAACAUAGUUUCAGUAUCACAGUGACCUUAUCUUCCAGUAAAUCCACACAUUUGAGCCUGUGGGAAGGUGGAGCCACCCCUUGUUUCUAUGCAACCAUAGACAAAGUUGAUCAUGUGAUCAAACAUGUUCAAAAAGUCAUUCCUUUUACUCACCCUGUGAUGUAGAGAGGCACAUGGUAUAAACACAUUUGAGUUUGAAAAAACUGUUUGCAGUUCAAGGAGAAUUUUCCAUGUGUGAGGAACCAUGGUUAUAGUGAACUAUAACAGACAGGUCUGAAAAAAAACCCUCACAUCUGGCUCUCUUCUUAUGUUUUUAAUUUUGUGUCAUAUGCAGAAUGGGUUUUUAAUACCUCUCUUUUUCAUUCACCUCAUCAAAUGAAUGUUAAGAAUAUUAAUGAAAGCUCAACAUCACAGUAGUCAUCCCAGUCUUAUACUCACACUCUACAGGAGUGUGAAGAAUAGCUUUUGCACAAUCAUUGUCUAAAAACUCUUGUGAAUAUCAACCUCUCAACCAGAAAGUAUAGGAUAUAAGGUCAGGAAAGCAUCACGUACCUGGUGCUGCACUGCAAGAAGUCAUUUGAGCUUCUCUGUAGAAUCCGACAGCAGGUAGGCUUUGCUUCAGUCCGUGGGUAAGCUUUGAAGAAUAUCAGAGAGGUUUACACUGAUAUAGAUGAGGUAGAUCCACCCUCUGGGAGGAGUCUGGAGAUUAAAAACAAAGGUAAACUCUGUUUUCUUUAUUCUGUGAAGAGGCAAGAGCAGAGAGAGAGAGAGAUGGGUGCCAAAUUCUCGAUCCCUAAGGGUGAGGUUUGAAUCUUUACUCAUUUAAGGCCUCCUUUCAACACAGUGGAAUCGACGCUUGAACUAAUUGGUUUGCUAUAAUUUUGUUCAUAUUUAACAGUACUUUCUUUUGUUUGCAGGUGCUCCACUGAGGAUUGUGAUGAUUGGAAAAACUGGAGGGGGGAAGAGCGCUGCUGGGAACACUAUUGUCGGCAAAAGGGUGUUAAGGUCUUCAACCAGCGCGGUCUCCCAGACAAAGAGUUGUGAGAAAGUACUGGUCACAAGAGGCAGAAACAUCGAAGUGAUUGAUACACCUGGGAUACUGGACACGAAUAAAAGUGCAGACAGCAUCAAAAAUGAGAUUGCUAAAUGUCUCAAGUUGUCCUACCCUGGUCCUCACGUCUUCUUACUGGUCCUCCAGAUUGGCAGAUUCACCAAAGAAGAAGAGAACAGCAUAGAUGCUCUGGAAAAGCUCUUUGGUCCAUUGGUGUCCAACUACAUGAUUGUUCUGUUUACACAUGGUGAUCAGUUGAAAGGCAAAAGUAUUGUUGAAUUCAUUCAGUCUGGCCACCCCAAACUCAGACAGCUGAUCGACAGGUGCGGUAACAGGUUCCACGUCUUCAACAACAAGAAGAAGUGUAAGAGAUUCCAAGUGGUGGAGCUGAUCAAGAAGAUCGAUGAGCUGGUGGAAGAGAAUGGUAGACAGCCCUUUGGUGAGGAGAUGUACGAAGAGAUGUGGCAGAGCGAGGAAAGGCAGGUGGGUGAUACGAAGAGGGAGGACAAACCUACUGAGGAGCAUCUACCUUUGACCUCCUCCUUCAUGGCUGAUCUGCUGCAGAAGAUGAUUCUUUUCCAGGCCACACUGGCUGCAACUGAUAGGACAAAUACCGAUGAUGACCCGGGCCAGUCAGUGGCUCCCACUGACUCACACUUGUAUCUUAGUGAAGCUAAAUCAGUGAUAGAAACUGCUCCAUGACUGUAAAAUCGGUGUGAAGUGUAAAGAAGAUUUAAUUUUGUUUACUACUACUACAGAAAAGAACAAUUUAAUUAUCUGCAAGAAUAUCAUAAACCUUGUGAACUGAUUUCAAAAACAGGGUGUUCCUUUGUAAUAUAGUUGUUUUAGCUUUGUGCAUACCUAACUAACACAGCAGCAGGAAUGUCCCAGGGCAGUUUUGACAGGGUUCAAAAUCCUGUCAGUCUAGUGGUUUACAGGAACAGAGAUAGAUGUUUUUGGCAAGAGGAAGCAGAUUGGUUUAUUAGGUAACAGUCCAGGUAUUUUAAUUUAGAUGUAAUUAGUUUCACUUUGUUUGUAUGUGUAAUCAAUAUGACACAUUUGUUUGUUUAAGAUGAGAAAUAACUAAGCAGAGACACUGUUGAUGUCAAUUUAAGUGAAAAUUUGCACUUAUUUCUCCUUCACACUUUUUCCAGAUAUUUCAUGAACUGACUUUCUGGUUAUCAAAAUUUUGGUCAAACUUGUGACCUUUUUUUU